CUGGAAUGACGUGAUAUGAACCGCGGGGCUCUAAAACAAUAUCAGGAUUAACAAUGGUUACAUAUCCCCGCACAUAGAUGUGAUCUCAGCUCUGCAAAUAUUUCGAAACUAUUUCUUUAAAUCAGGAGGAGGUAACUAAUGUAACUAAUGCGUGGUUUUCCUAAAUCCAGCCUUUAAAUGCUCUGCAGCGGAUUAUUUCACUGUUUGUGGAAGUUACCUGUCCUGCAGGAUGAGACUGGGGACUCUAUUAGCUUUUACUUUGACGUGCUCAUCUUUCUCUCUGUCAGCCGAACAAUCUAAAGUGAAGAGCCCAGGUGGACACAGCCGCUGCCUUGACCGAGCCUGCAACCCCGGCAUCGGUAACCUGGCUGCGGGCAGAGUGCUGCACACGCAGUCCGUCUGCGGCUCCAACUCUUCGGAGCGCUUUUGCUUCUUUAAACAGACCGCCGGGCCCCGCGGCAAGCCGUCCUGCUCCGCGGCUAAAUGCGCCCGCUGCAACGCCGCCAAGCCCGCACAGGCGCACCCUGCCUCGGCUAUGAGCGACUCCUCGUUCCGCCACCCGGACACCUGGUGGCAGUCUGCUGGGGGGCUGGAGGAGGAGGAGGAGGCGCUCCGGCUGGACCUGGAGACCAAGUUUCUCUUCACUCACCUGAUCCUGGUGUUCCGCUCCCCCCGCCCCGCUGCCAUGCUGCUGGAGCGCUCCCAGGACUUUGGACGCACAUGGAGGACCCUCAGAUAUUUUGCCCAGGACUGUGAGAAGAUGUUCGGCCUGGCUGAGGGUUUGCCUCUCGAGGAAGACGGGGCGACAUGUACCUCUAAAUACUCAGCAGCUUUCCCCUGCACCAGAGGAGAGGUAAUCUACCGAGGCCUGUCCCCUUGGCGCUCGGUGGACCCCUACGGACUAGCUGCCCAGAACCAGCUCACUGUCACCAACCUCAGAGUUCGUCUCCUGCAGAGACAGCAGUGCCCGUGCCAGACCAAACAUCCGGGAGCUGACUCUCUCCCGACGGACCACUACGCUAUCUAUGAUUUUGUUGUCAAAGGCAGCUGCCUUUGUAACGGACACGCUGACCACUGCGUGCCCGCCAGAGGCUAUCAACCCGGCCCGGAAAAGGCCAGCAGUGUGGUCCAUGGCAAAUGCGUUUGCAGACACAACACGGCCGGCGACCACUGCGAGCGCUGUGCCCCUCUCUACAAUGACCUGCCGUGGCAGGCGGCCAACGGCAUCAUGGGUACACCACACGAAUGCCAGAAGUGCAAGUGCAACGACCACGCCAGGAGCUGCCACUUCAGUCGAGGACUGUGGCUAGCUACGGGACGGCGGAGAGGGGGCGUGUGCGACCACUGUCUCCACAACACAGAGGGCCGUCACUGUCAAAACUGCAAGAGGGGCUUCUACAGAGACCCGAGCCGUCCCAAAACCGCACCAGACUCCUGCAAACCCUGCUCCUGCCACCCUGUUGGCUCGGUCCUCUCAGCUGGUGGCACCAUCUGUGGCCCCAGCACCGGGGAAUGCGCUUGUAAGCCUGGUGUGGGAGGCCCCCACUGUGACAAGUGCAUAAUGGGAUACUGGGGGCUUCACGAAUAUGGCUGCCGUCCAUGUGACUGCACGGGAGACUGCGACCCCUACACCGGCGACUGCGUAUCUGGCGUAGGUGCUGAGGUCCUCUAUGCAGCUGCUGGAAACCCAGGAAACGGCAGCAAUGAUGGUGAGACAGCAAUAUCAAGAGCAAAGGAGCUUUUCUCUGCACUGCACCACUCUGAGAAAUGUGAAUGCCUUGAAGGUACCCUGGGCAGCCCUAAAUGGUUCUGCGUAGCUAAGUUUGACUAUGUUCUGGUGGUGAAGGUGAUGUCCGCUCAUGAUAAAGGCUCCCAUGCCGAGGUGGAGGCGAAGAUUAAAAAGGUUCUACAGCAGAACCCGCAGAUGAAGAUCCAGCACGGAAACGUCACACUGUUUCCCGAGUCUUGGACUGUCCGAGGCUGUACGUGUCCCAUCCUCAAUCCAGGAGAUGAAUACGUAGUGGCUGGCCAUAAGAACUGGAAAACUGGCCGGCUCAUGGUGAACACCAGGAGUUUUGUUAAACCAUGGAAGUCAAGCCUGGGACGCAAACUCCUUCACAUUAUCAGAAAAGACUGUGGGCGCAGGUAAAACGCUGCCCAGAUCAACAAGCAGACGGUUUGUUGAUCCAUCUGAAUGUUAGACCAAAAUCUGGUCCAGCAAUCUUCAGAGAGACUUUUUUGUUUGGAUGCUGAAGUGAAGCUGAAGUGAAUGACUCUUAUCUCCUCUACUGAGGAGUUUAUAGGACAGAAAAAGACUUAUGAUCUUUUUUUUUACAGAUUGUUUUUAAACUACACACAGAGUUAUAUUGUGUCUCCUUGCCAAAAUCUACAAAAAGUUUUUAUUGUCCUGUCCCCGGUUAUUUUAUUGAUAAGUACUAGAACAUUUUCAAAGUCACAGUUUUUACAAUAAUUUUUUUUAUCUCAGAUAUGAAUAAAUUAUGACAAGCUGACAAUAACGUGUGUGUGACUCCUUGGUAGAAAAACCUCUCUGCUCUAUAAUAUCUCCAAAAAAGAUGUAAUUUUUUUGGCCUAACUCGUCUUUUGGUAGUACCUUUUUUUUUUAUUGUUGCCAGUCACUUUCUUCAAAAAACGACUAAAAAACAGCCAAUACAUUAGGAAGGUGACAAUAUGCUAAUUUAGCCUUUCAUCCAGUUCAGUUGAACACAGAUUCUUCGGCCAACCAAUUACUUAUUAUCAGGAUGUUCUCUCUGUCUCUUAUGAAAGAUCCUCUUCCGUCAGUUUGAUCAUAAGCCCAUAUUUGUGUCUGUAGACGUCCGCUCAACAUGUCUUUUUCUGGCUGUGCUUCAGAACCAGAGUAAACAGGACAUUUUUGGACGUUUUCGCCCAGUUGGGAAUAGAUCUGAUGUUCUGUCUCCAAGGAGAGCAACACACAGCCUACAGAGAUGCAAAGAAUUCCUCAGAAAUGAAGUCAUCAGCCAUUAACCCUGAAGACGUCCACACACAAAAUAAACAGGGUAAAUGUUCUUUUAUAGUAAGAUAUUAUCAUUAAAGAGUGUGUUUAUUCCAAGUCUCUUUUUUUUUCUGUUCCAUAAUCUAUCUUUUUAUUUGUUUGUUCAUGAUUGUGAAGGAUGGAUUUCCAGAAUAUGCGUUUACUUCAUGUGUAGCUGAUUAAGCCGUGUGUGUUUACCGCCCUCUUUUGGUGAGGAGAUAACAAAACAGUCUUCACUUCUUUAUAUGGCAUUUUAGUGAACUUUAAGAACACUAAGUAAAAAAUGCAACCAAGAGGAAGAAGAAUCACUUAACACUUAGGUGUAUAAUAAGAAAUCCUUUUAUACAUUUUUUCCGGUUGCAGCUUCUGUUGUGUCAAACACGUAAAACAAAUUUAUUAGAAUAGAAAUGGAUAUACACGCAUUAAAUAAAUACAUUGGCCUACCUUUAUAUAAAUCAUCAUCAUUUUACAACAUCUGUUUUAAUUUAUUUGUAUGUUUUGACAGUUAAUUAUUGCAUUGUGGAUUUAAUAAACUAUUUAAACUUGUAAA